AAGGAUUACUCAGCAAGCAUGCAUUUGAACCCCAAGUCACACGCUUCAUCAAACCUCCGGAGGAUCAUUGCUCCUCCUCCACCACAACCAAUGACUUCCUUUUACCUCAACUCCUUACUUCCUCUUCCUCCUUCUCAUCCCCAGAAACUCGUCGAACCCUCUUCUUCUUCCUCCUCCUCCUCUCUGUUGAGCAUUUCCAAUUCCAACGAAGCUGCUCUGAAACCGAUCGUCAUCAACGGAGACCCACCCACUUUCGUCUCCGCCCCUUCUCGCCGCAUCAUCGCAGUUGGAGACCUUCACGGCGAUCUGCGCAAAGCCAGAGAUGCCCUUCAGAUUGCCGGUGUCUUAAGCUCCGACGGAAAAGACCACUGGAUCGGCGAAGACACUGUAGUAGUCCAGGUAGGAGAUAUACUGGACCGUGGCGAGGAUGAGAUUGCAAUACUCUCCUUACUGAGGUUACUUGACGAACAGGCCAAAGCCAACGGUGGUGCUGUUUUCCAGGUUAAUGGGAACCAUGAGACGAUGAACGUUGAAGGGGACUUCAGAUACGUAGACACGAGAGCAUUUGAUGAAUGUAUAGACUUUCUUGACUACUUGGAGGACUAUGCACAAGACUGGGACAAAGCUUUCAAGAAUUGGAUUUUCGAGUCAAGGCAAUGGAAACAAGAUAGAAGAAGUUCACAAACCUAUUGGGAUCAAUGGAAUAUAGUGAAGAGGCAAAAGGGAGUGAUUGCAAGGUCGGUUCUUUUCAGACCAGGUGGUCGAUUAGCAUGUGAGUUGUCUCGUCAUGGAGUUGUCUUGCGUGUUAAUAACUGGGUGUUCUGCCACGGUGGUCUCCUUCCUCACCACGUUGCGUAUGGGGUAGAGAGGAUAAACAGAGAAGUGUCUACUUGGAUGAAGAGCUCUAGUGAUGAGGAGGAUAGUCCUGAGAUGCCGUUCAUUGCAACUCGGGGAUAUGAUAGUGUGGUCUGGAGCAGGCUUUACUCAAGAGAGACCUCUGAUCUGAAUGAAUAUCAAAUUGAACAGGUAAGUAAAAUUCUCCGGGACUCUCUUGAAGCUGUUGGUGCCAAGGCGAUGGUGGUGGGGCAUACUCCUCAGUUAUCAGGCGUAAACUGUGAAUAUGGUUGCGGCAUAUGGAGAGUUGAUGUGGGAAUGUCCAGUGGUGUUCUUGACUCUAGACCAGAGGUUCUGGAAAUAAGAGGGGACAAAGCUAGAGUUAUAAGGAGUAACCGAGACAGACUUCAUGAACUUCAAGUUGCUGAUUACAUAUGAAAUAUCUUAAUGACAAGACACAGAGACUCAUGUCCUAGAUUUUAAGCUUGAACUUUGUACUCUUAGGCAUGAACAAAAAAGAGCAGCAGCAGUUUCGGAGAAGAGCCAGAUGCAGCUGAGGUGAGGCCAAAAUUUGAACUCUAUGUAUGUAUUGUAUAUACAUGUAUGUGAAUCAUCAGAAACAUACGGUAUUCAUCAAGUAAAAGGUUUGUAUAGCAGAACACAAAACACUAUAGUUAAUGUUACUUUUUUUUUCAAAUA